CCUAAGAUCUUUUUGGAUGUUUAUAGUUCUAUCUCCUAAUAAGCAGUUAGAUGAAGAGGGGAAAUAAUCGAGAGAUAGCUCAUUCAUCCACUUCAUACUCUCGUCAACUCUCAUCACUCUCGACCUCAUUUCUGAUGUUCAUACAUCAUCUUAUACCACUCUAUCUAUAUUAUCAUUAGUAUAACAGUUAUCAUCUAACACCAUAAAAGCUUAAGAACUAACCAGGUAUCCACCUGCAAAAGAUGGAGAGUUGGGAGAAUGCGAUUUUAUAGCAAAUUUUGGAGAACUUGAAGCAGAGGAAAACCUAAUAUGAUUGAGAGUUUUUAAAAGUUGAAAGUGAGGGUCUUAGAUGCUUCCUUAUCAAUAUUGGGUCCAAAACUGCAUCAAAUGUGUGUAUGUGAUGUGUGUGAGGGGGAGGGGACGGAAAGGAGAUAACUGAACCCAAUAUUGAUUAUGAAUAACGUCAAUGAGUCGUAUCUAGCAAUAUUGGAGUACUAAUUAAGGGACGAGGCAGGGCCGACCCAUAAUAUUUGGAGGCCCUGUUUGAAAAUUCAAAAUUUGGCCCUUAAAAUAUUUUUUGCAAAUUUAUUGAAAAUAAAAAUUAUUAAAUAAUGCUAAAAAUAUAAAAAUUAAAAAAAGAUUACAAAAGUAAUAAUAUCAUUAUCAUUGUUUAAAAAGUAACAAGAUUCUAUAUACUAUUGUGGCAUUAGGAAAUUAAUGAACAUUUUUUUUAUAAUGGUGAUGAAAUUAUAUUGCAAGAGGAAACAAAACAAAACCUGAAAAAAUACACUCAAAGGGAAUCAAAAUGAUUGAUCCCACAAGGAAGCGAAAAAACUAGGGGGGAAAAAGCGGAAAAAACCGCUCCUACUCAAACGCAACAACCAUAAGGGAAAUCCCAACGAAGACAGCAAAAAACAAGGACAACAUAAUUCAAAAUAGCAUUUUGGUUGAAAAGUUUCAUUGGAAAAAACUCUUGGUGGGCGAUUUUGUUUUAUGGUUGAUGAAAAUUCAUUUUUUAUAAUUAGUGGAUGAUUUUGUUUUAAUUGUUUGCAAACAGGGGAGGACUCGGCAAAAGAAAAAGAAAGGAGGGGUAGAGUGGAUUAAUAAGAAAUGGGCCACAUUGUCAUGUUCAUCUAAGAAUUAUUAAUUUUAUUCUUUUUUAACCCUUGGCCCAUGCAGUUAUUUCGUGGCCCAUAUAGAUUAAAUAAAAAAAGCAAUAUCAUAAGGGGCCUAUAAUUAAGUCCAUUUAUUGAUAACUAGUGCUUAUCAUUUUUGUAUUCUAUGGAGGCCCUUCAAAUUAUGGGGCCCUGUGCUGGCGGGCAGGCCAGCACAGGCCCAUGGGCGGGCCUGGGAGGAGGCAAUGAUGAACGAGAAAGGGGUGCAUGGACGAUACAUAAGCCUAACAAUUACACCAUGGCAAUGCAAUUGAAUGACAACAUCGUGAAACAACAAAAAGAGAAUUGCAUGGCAUGCAAUAUUACGUAUAAGGAUCCGAAAUUUGAAAUUGGGAAUGAAAACUUUAAUCAAGUUUACCCUGACGUCCACCAUUUUAUUGUUGUUGGGUUGUGGCAGCAAGAGCAAAGUUGGCAAACGAUGAUGUAGGGGGUAGAAGAGAAAGUACUGAAUGAAACAGUGAAAAUGAUGAAUAGGAGAGAAUCUUAGUCAGUUGUCCUCCUCAUUAAACGUAUUCGAUAAGUGCAUGAUUUGAAUUACCGAGAAUUUGAUGGAAGUUUGGGUGGAAGAGUAACUUUAAAAAGAUUUAGUAGCCCAAUGGCACAUAAUUUCUUAAUAUUCGUACGCAUAAGCGUUCCAAAACUUCACAUAAUGUAGGGCGUAAAGUGUCUUUAACCUUGUUAUCAUAAUAGAGGGAGAGAAAACUAUCAAGCAAUAAGGUAGGCGCGUGGUUGCAAACAUACAUUUUUGUCUUCUACUCCAUGACUUAGAGAGCUUUGAGGUGGCCACAUGGAGGUUUGAACUUAUUUGGACGGAGCAAAAUGAGUUGCCAAAUAGAGCUAAGGUUGUUGGAAUGUCUAAAUUAGUGUUCAUAGACGCAAUUACCGAGUUUUAAGAUGGGUUAUCGAUAUGUAAUACACAAGUGUUUUGUAUUGUGGAAUGGUUGAUGGAGAUAUAUAGAGAAUUUUUGGGAAGAUUGUUUGUUGUGAAUAAAUAGAAACUUAAACGAAAUGAUGGAUGAUUAGAGUAUGAAUGCGAGACUUAUGAUAUGGUCUCCGAUUAGGUCGUGGAAAAUAAGAGAGAAACCUUUAAGAAAAAAUCCAGCGAAACUUUACAUAAUGAUAUAGGUAUAUUAAAUUAUUUUACAAAGACAUCAAUCAUAAGAGGAAAUAAAACUUUUGUGGAUGACAUUAAGGUGGUACGAGUUCAAUUUUAUGGGUCCAUGAGUCUUUCUCUAUCAAUUUUGGAGUUAUACAAGAAGGUGUAUUAGGAUUCAUCCCUUUUUAAGGCUCCUCGUAAAAAUUGGAGUUUAGAAAAUUCGAUGACUUAGAGGCGGUCAGUCUCACCAAUUUUGUUAUAGACUCAUAUGAAAAAGGUAGAUUGAGGGGGUGAUUUUGAAAAACUGCAAGCUAAGGUUAGGACUUUGAGCCUGGAUGGUGUCCUCUGGGCUCUUCAAAUGGUUAUGGGAUGUGGUUAAGGCAUAUGUGAUGUCGAUUAUGCAGAUAUUUUAUAGUCUACAUUUAUCUAGGAUGGAUAUGGUACUUCUAUUUAGUUGGUCCUUAAAACGAGGUACUUGAGAAUGUAAGAGAUCUCAAACCAAUUACUCAUGUGAGAAGCAUCUACAAAUUCCUAUCCAGGGUCUUCACGGAAUACUAAAUGGUCGUAUGGAUUGUAUAAUUUCAAAACAACACCACCUUAAUUUAAGAAAGCAUAACUAUUAAUGCUUAUUUGAAUUCUAUCAGUCAAGUAAUUCAAUGAAUAGGUUCAGAUGAA